AUGCCUGAGUUGCCUGUCGCCGCUGCCCCCAGCAGCGACGCCUCACGGCAAGAGGCGACAAGCUUUCGGGUGAAGUUGGGGGACGCCGCCCACGCCGCUCCCGGCACAGCUCGGGACAAGGCCAGCACGGCAGACAGGGGACGCCAUGCUCCGCCGCCGUCGUCGGGUUUGGGCGCAGCGGGCGUGGCCCCGACGGAGAUGGAGUUUGCUGCGAGGGUGACCCUGGUGAAUGCACUCUCGGAGGCCUACACUUCCACCGGGUAUCCAACGGUCGCCAACUCCAACACGCCCCAUGCGAGUGUCUAUGGAGCCUUUGUGGAGCUGCGGAAUCCCUCGCUGCGCAGCCUCACGUUGCCGCCAGACGAGACACUCGUCGUUGACCCGCCCACUCAGCGGAGCCGCGACAGCGGAGCCGGCACGUGUCGGCCACUGCUGCGUGUGGUGUGGAAGCGUGGCUCCCACCUCUUCGACGCCCGGGCGGCAACGGCGGCGGCGGCAGCGGGUGCUACACCGAAGUUGUCCUCCCUGUGCAGUCCAAAGACGCCGGCGUGCUUUGUCCCCCCCAGAGCAGCUCCAGCGGCCUCCUUGAGGCAUCUUCAGCAAUUUCCUGACGGAAUCCACGACGUGCAGACCUCGCCGCGAAUGAGUGGGCUGCUCCUUGGCCUUCCGCAGACCGUCGCAACGCCCUCCUGCGCUCCCCGCGCAACCAGUCCGGUGGACGGUGUUGUCUCUAGCACCAACGGCACACGUCCAGGGGAAGAGGGCGACAGGGCAGAAAAGAACACUCCGGCGGCGCCACGGUCGAGGCCGCAGCCUCCGUUCUCUCCUCCUGAGGAGCCUCCGCUGGAGAGUGCCCCGGUGCAGCUGACACUGGUCACGGCCAGCAGCUUUAACCACCUCACCACGUACGCCGUCAAACACCAAGGAGGAAGCGUGCUGGCGGCGGUUCCGCUACAGACGCUGGUGGCCUCGUUAACCCCACGGAGGAUCACUGCGCAUUGCCCGUUUCUUCUUGGCACGACUGUGGGUGAGACGUACACGCCACCUGGCCUUCCCAUCGACGCAGCGCAGCAUACACUGCGCGGUGGCGAGCCAAAAGAGCCAAGCAAUAGUUUUAUGUUUCGCAAGCCUGCAAAUCUCACGGCGCAGGGAUCACCAGAGGGAAUAGAACUCUUACUUGAGCGAAAUCGAGCAGCGUGGGCGAGGGGCGACGACGGGGAUGCGAUGGCGGUUGCGACAGAGUGCAUUGCGGUAGAACCGUUUAUACUGAUUGGAAACCAAGGUGGAGAUUUGCUUAUCUUUAGCAUGUUUGAGCGGAAGGUUGUGCAGCGUCUUAAUUUUGCAGGCGGGGUAAGCGGAGGAAGCAGCGGGGAUGCCGCCAGUGUGACGCCCAAGCAGGUUGUAAAUGUUCCAGUCUCGUGCAUCACAGAACUGGAAUGUGGGCUGGAAAAACUUCUGACCCUAAUGUUUGAGCGUGCUGGGAUGCGUAGGACGCGGGAUGGAAAUGGUUUUACGUCUCCAUUCGGGAACACGGAGGGAUUCCCGCCCUCCGUGUUUGCCGUUGGAUUCGCCAAUGGGCAGGUGCUGCUUGUAUGUGUGACGCUGGAGGGGGCCUGGCUAAGCCGACUUCUCUCUUCCUUUGGACACAGGCCUGUGCAGGCGAUAGCGAUGCAGUUGCCGCACUUUCUUAAGCGGCUGUGGUCUGAAGAUGCAGCGGCAAUGCCUGUUGCUUGGGCACCACCACCACCGCCAGAGAGACGGCGGGAGAAGGGGUCUUUCCCUGCGAGUGUGACGUGUGUGACUGCGGAAACUCUCCUUGCGGGUGAGGACGGCGGUAUUGCGGCGAUCUCCUGCAACGGCGGAACGCUGCGCCUAGUCAAGGCGCUCGACAUUGAGGCCGAGCUCUGUCAAAUCACCGCUUUUGAAAACAACUCCGCUGGAGGCUUUUUGGCCGUGCAGUGGAUCCCCAGCCACGCCGACGCCGCCCUCUGCCCGGACCUUCUCGUCGCCACCAACGAGGACGACUCCAUCACGGUGUACCAGCUAUCCCACCUCGGCGGGAGGAACAAAAACGGCAGCGGCAGACCAAACCGGGCCUCCAAGGCGCUGUUAAUGGAGGAUUUAGAAGUAAUGUCGCCUGUCCUGCAGACACUGUCGUUCGUCGCGUAUUCGCAGGCUGUGAAGGAUGGCGUUGUGCGUGUUGCGCGGCGAUGCUUUCAUCGCUCUUGGGUGGGCGACCUCUGUGCCCUGCCGCUUCCGUCACGCGGUCACCUGUUGGUUGCCACCUCGUACGACGGUCGCAGCUCCUUCUGGCCUCUCUGCUGUGAGGACGCGGCCUCUUCUGCCGAUGCCCCCGAUGCCACACCGCUUCACACCGUCGAACCGCACAUUCAGGAGUGUUUUCAUGGGUGCUUUCACCAGGACGCCAACGGUGCGUGCGUUAUCCCGCAGCGGUUAGACGAUUGCAUCUCAGCUGAGCCAUCCGCUGCUGUGACGCUGCACACUGACCAUACCGUUCGCUGUAUUGCCUGCGGGGCUGGGCGCAACCAAUUUCUCGUUUCCCUGUGCCUUCGCGGGCGAGUGAAGUUUUGGGAGGUGAGAGCGGUUUCGAAGUAG